CGCCUUCCCUUCCGCAGAGUGUACCUGGGGCUGACCCCGCGGCCCGCGUGAGAACGCUCCUAGCAGCGGGCCCAGUAGGUGCUUCCCGCGGGGCCGGAGGCCCUGAGGAUGAUGUCUGUCUUCCGGAAGCCCAAGACGUUCAAGUUGCGAGCCCUGCACAGCCAGCAGAAGUUUGGGGUAGCGGGGAAGAGCUGCCAGGAGGUGCUGCGGAAGGGGUGUCUCCACUUCCAGCUGCCCGCGCCCGGCUCCCGCCUCUGCCUCUACGAAGAUGGCACGGAGGUGACAGAAGGUUACUUCUGGAGCAUCCCCGACAACUCGGAGCUCGUGCUGCUCACCAAGGGCCAGACCUGGGAGGGCUAUGUGAGUGACAUCGGUCGCUUCCUCAGCGUGUUCCACAGGCCGCACGUGGGGGUCAUCCAGGCCGCCCGGCAGCUGCUGUCGGACGAACAGGCCCCGCUGCGGCAGAAGCUGCUGGCCGACCUCCUGCACACCAUCAGCGAGAACGCCGCGGCCGAGACGCGGGCCGAGGACCCGCCCUGGUUCGAAGGUCUGGAGUCCCGGUUCAGGAGCAAGUGCAGCUACCUGAGGUUCAGCUGCGAGAGCAGGAUCCGGAGCUACCUGAGGGAGGUGAGCGCGCACACGCCUGCGGUGGGCGCGGGGGCUCGGGAGGAGUUCGAGCAGGUGGUGGACGCCAUGGGCCAGAAGCUCCGGGCCGAGAAGUACAACGGCUGCUACUUCGACAGGGGCGCCGAGGCCGGCAGCCGGCUCUGCACGCCCGAAGGCUGGUUCUCCUGCCAGGGUCCUUUCGACGCGGCCAGCUGUGCGUCCAGACACUCCAUCAACCCCUACGGUAACAGGGAGAGCCGGGUCCUCUUCAGCACCUGGAACCUGGACCACGUCAUAGAGAAGAAGCGCACCGUCAUCCCCGCGCUGGCGGCGGCGAUCGAGGGCCAGGACGGCAGGCAGCUGGACUGGGAGUACUUCUACGGCCUGCUCUUCACCUCCGCCAACCUGAAGCUGGUGCACGUGGCCUGCCACAAGAAGACCACCCACGGGCUCAGCUGUGACCCGCGCAGGGUCUACAGGCCGCGCGCGGAGCCCAGGAAGAAGCGGGCCGCCCGCAAGGGCCCCUGACCCGGCCACGCGCCCGCCCUCCACAUCACCCCGGGCCCGGCGACGGGUUGGGGGGCGGGGAGGGUUUUAACAGGUGCUAUUUUUUUUUUUUUUUUUUGGCCACAGCAAUAGCUUCUGAGAAGUUUCUACAAAACCCUCCUACCAAUUUCAGAUUCCAGGGCGUGCCUGAUUCUGGUCUCUGCACCCCGAGGGCCCGCAGCCGAGGGCGAGUUUGGUGCCCUGACGGGACUCCAGGGGCGCUGGUGUCUGGUCGGCGGGGACCAGGGAUCCGUUCUCUUCGCCCUGCCUGCUCUGAACGCUUGUGUGGCACGGCCCCCGUGGCUGCACUGAGGGCCGGCGCUCUCCCGGCAGCCACGCGGAGUCUCCCUGCCCGGCCGGGUGGGGAGCUCCACCCCAGACCCUUCCCCCUUCCGGGGAGAGGCGGUCCCCCUCCGUGGAGAACACGCAGGCGUCCACUCUGUGCUGUUUGUGACGGCAGAAAGGGGGCCCUCGGACGCCUGUGGGCGGGGUCGGCCGCCGUGGCAUCACAUCCAGCCCCCCCGAAAUCAAAGGCACAAAGGUCGGGCAGCGCUGACCUCACGAGUCACCUAACGCGUGCGCGGGGUGCGGAGCUGCGCGGCGGUUCUCCGUGUCUGUGAACGGAAAUGGGGGGCUGCCCGUCCAACGCACAGGCCGGUGGCGCGCUCCGCAGGGCGCGACCUGCCGCUCACGAAAGGCCUCAGCGUGUCAUACACGUGUUGGCAUGUGCUGUCACACACGUGUUGGUGUCUGCAGACAGCAUGUCCUUGAACAGCAGCCAUCCCGGGGACAGGGUGGCCACGCUGGCUGUCAAAGGACUAAGUCUGUAAACCGAGCGUUUCGUCACACGCUCGGCCCUCCGUGCCCGCGGGUUUUGCGCCGCGGGUUGGCGUCCUCGGUGCGGGGUCGGGGAGCUCCGUGCGCCCGUUCCUCGCCGUUUGUAUCAGGAGUGGGUCUGGGCGUCGGGGAUGGUCCUGGCAGGAGCCCUCUGCAGGGACCAACGGACAGCUACACUUGAAAUUUUUGAAAUGAGCAUUUAUUUUGUAACUUUUACAAAUUUAUUUUUUACAUUUUGUAACAUCUGAACUUUCACAUUUACUGUAGAGUCAGGAUGCCAAUAAAGAUUUUCGGUAAACAAA